GAUGAGUUCUGUCGUGGGACUCACUCGAGAGAAUUCUCGUGUCCAGAUUAUUCCGCGAACUCUUGCUUGCUGUGACGACUACCGGGAGGCUCGUAUGAUUUUGCUUUUUCUUUCUAUGGAAAGGUGGUGCUGUUGUUUAAUUGUGGCAUGGUCUGUCCUCACAGUUGAAUUCCGCUGUGGAGUUUAGAUCUCACGAGCAAGAUGCUCGUUGUGAAUGUGUUAGGCCAGGAAGUGCUGACGAAGUUUGACGAGAGAGGUUAAGUUUUGAUCGAAGCUGUGGACUUCUCGGGACCUUUCAUAGCGAAUUUCAGUGACAGUUAGUCCUCGAUAACAGCUGACGACGAUGGUUGAUAUGCAUGCCACAAGUUCAGGUUCGUCUUCCUCAUCGUCAUCGGAAUUUUCCCAACACAUAAAGGUUGAAGAACUACAGCCCGUCCCAGAAAUUCAUCAGAACAAUGAAAUGAAGCCUCCCAGCGAAAUCUCCUGCCACAACCUCCUCCCUACGCUUCCUCUCGCCACGGGAACUUUCAGGGAGGAGGUGAGUCACGUGAAUCCUGAUCACGGAUUCAAGGUCGAGCAGCCGGAGAGUGAACAAAGAUCUGCAACUGCCCUCUCGCAGCAAACGCCAUCGGGAACGCCGGCACUCGAUACUCGAGAUAAUCAAGGACAACAAGCGCAGAAGCGAAGAGGCAAACGUGGCCGAGCUCCACCGAAAGCCAAGGCCGAGAGCACGAGAAAAGGAGGAACGCCGGGAGACAAGAGCGAUGGCCCUCAUGAGAAAGUUGUGAAGAGAACGCGCAACACGAAGACGGUGAGAGAUGAAACCUUGGCCUUGAUCAAGAUUCGUGUUCUGUUGCACGACAGGUGCAGAGGGCUGGAUUCUCAGCACCUGUGGAAGGAGCUGGAACGAAGGAUGGACCAGCUCGGGUACCAAAAGAGCGCAUCGGACUGGUUCAGGAGAUUCAGUACCAUCGUGGUCAGCUACAAGAAAUUACAGCAGCAAGGGCCGCUGCCUAAAACCAAGCGCAAGCCAUACUGGUUUAGCCCCUUGGAAUCUGCAUGCGCCAGCCUUCUGGCAGAGAGAGCGCGCAAAACAGCUGUGAAAGAUCCCAGCAGAAGCAAUGAGGAGCCCGAGGUUCGUUCCUCCUCGGCCAUCGUCGUCAGAGAGCCGACCCACACCAACAGUAACCGAGCCUCGUGUCCUUCCCAUCAAGCCAAUGAUCGGAAUGAGACCAAAUCCGGACUCAGCACAGGAACUGAGAUUCAGUCCCAGAAAUUGGCUGAAAACGUGAUGGAGGAUUGUGGACACGAGAGGACAGUGCUCGAUUCGGAAGGUGGCAAAGAAGAGAACGAUAGCGCGAUGGAGGAUUGUGGACACAAGAGGACAGUGCUCGAUUCGGAAGGUGGCAAAGAAGAGAACGAUAGCGCGAUGGAGGAUUGUGGACUCAAGAGGACAGUGCUCGAUUCGGAAGGUGGCAAAGAAGAGAACGAUAGCGCGAUGGAGGAUUGUGGACACAAGAGGACAGUGCUCGAUUCGGAAGGUGGCAAAGAAGAGAACGAUAGCGCGAUGGAGGAUUGUGGACUCAAGAGGACAGUGCUCGAUUCGGAAGGUGGCAAAGAAGAGAACGAUAGCGCGAUGGAGGAUUGUGGACUCAAGAGGACAGUGCUCGAUUCGGAAGGUGGCAAAGAAGAGAACGAUAGCGCGAUGGAGGAUUGUGGACACAAGAGGACAGUGCUCGAUUCGGAAGGUGGCAAAGAAGAGAACGGUAGCGCGAUCUUGGCGUUUAUUGACAGGUGUAAGGUGCAGCAGAGCAACGGAUCGGAGACAAAGAGGACGAGAGAUCGUAAGGAAAGCUCGCAGAUGAUGCUGGGAAUCCAGAGAGCAAUGAAAUUUUUGAGGGAAAGGCAGAAUUCUUUGCAGCUGAAGGAAGCUGCUAAGAGGAAAGCGAUGACGAAAGCAUUUCUCGCCAGGCUGGCCAACCAGGAAGCCACGGCCCACAUGUCACAAGAACUUGAUGUUAAGGAGCUGAAGGCACUCGAGACACUGGCGUCGUUCCUGGACUCUUCAGCCCGGAAAUUCAUUCUCAUGCAGGAUGAACGAGAGCGAGAAUUCGCCGAAGCUCUGGCUCUGUUGGAACAAGAAGAGAGCUUGGAGAAAGAGCAACUCGCUUUCGUCACACAGCAGAUUGAAGCAAGAGCUCGACAGCUGGAUGAGCUCGAUGCUAUCCUGCAGAAAGAUCUUCGGGGACCUCCUCCGUAACUUCCUCGAAUGUCCUCUUGCAUUGACUGCUGAUAACUAUACGUGCUACUGCAUAGUCUACUCUCACAAACUUUUCUCGGUUUAACGGGAAAUGUUUCUCUGAUGACGAGUCGAAGUCAAAUGACGAUCCCUGCUGUAGUUCGAUAAUCAGAAGGCAGAUUUAUGUUGUCCAUAGCUAAGUAGACCAAAAUGCUAACCCGGAGAGAUAAUAGCAUCGCACAAACAUAAAAAUGAAACAUUCGCACUUGAAGGUGUUUUAGAUGCAAUUCCCUCCGAUGUGCUUCUACAUCUAGCACCAGAUAGAGCAUUUUAAAAUCUGUUCAUGUGACUUGAUACACAGUCGUGCCCAUUUUGAAAUUUCGCAAAGCAAAUCUGAUCUUUGUUUAAGGAUCCAUAUGUGCACAUCUCAUCAUUGACUUCCAGAGGCGAAACUAAAGCUUCGCAGGUGUGAAGGUGAAAUUUAUACUCCGCUAAACACCUUAAAAGCUUUCAAAAAUUAACUGUGUGAACCUCUCCUCUGAAACAAUGUACUAUGUUCCCCACAUUCUAGUACAGCUUUACCAGUUCCUAUGGGCUUUAGUGCGAAACAAGGAAAGACGCACAGUACUCAGAAUUUAUUAUAAAAUAAAUCAUUGUUGUAUCCAG